ACUAUUAUUAUAUAUAUUUUCUUAGUUAAUCUUCCAAAAUGGCUGGAUACAUGUGCACUUUAGCCAGCAAACGGCUUCUUAAAAGUAUGACCAGUCCUAUGUUUCUGAAGCAUAUGGCUGCCUUUCAUGGACGAUCUCGCAUAGGCAAUAGAGAUGUUGUAGGAUUCGGAGUCAAUGGAAGUUACACAUAUGUUGAUAGAGCUGACUAUCCAAUGCCAGCAAUUCGUUUUAGAGAAAAUACUCCUGAAUCUCAGGCAUUAAGAGAGAAAGAGAAAGGAGAUUGGAAAAAACUAACUUUGGAGGAGAAAAAAGCCUUGUACAGGCACAGCUUUUGCUUGACAUUUGCUGAACAACGAGCACCUAAUGGUGACUGGAAAUACAAUAUUGGUGGUAUUUUGUGUUUUAUGAGUACGGUGCUGUGGGCCUAUUAUUUGCUGGUAACGUAUGGUAUGGAACAUUCUGUUUUUGAAUUACUAAAUAGUUUAAGUUUAUACAUUUAA